AUGGCGUCUGCUAAAAUUUUCGGUUGCGCAAUCCGCGUUGAAGCGGAGGACGAAGACGGUGGUGGUAGCUCAAUCGCCGGUGAGGUUUCUCGAUCCGGUAUCCAGCCGGAUUACGAAGCUAUGAAUUUGUCCGUCUGUCUCCCUCCUCCGAUCAAUCUGAUGGAAAACACUACGUAUUUCCGUUUCCUAGAGUCGAAUUCAGAUUCCGGAUCGGAAUUUAUGGAUUCAGAACCAUAUCCUCACAAUCGUCUCAUCGAUUUCUUCGAUCGAGAGUCGCACAACAUCGGAACCGCCGAGGAGUUUUACAUGAUCCCGACUCGGAGGUUUAGUGCUUCGGGUGAUUUCGAUGUCUUGGGAUUUCACGAGACGGAGGAGGAUACAGAAUUAGGGCUCGGGAUCGGUUCAGGGCCGGGUCAGCUACGUGGUGAUUCGGGUGGGGUAGCUACGGGGAAUACGGAAACUGAUUCGGGUCGGGUCGAAGUUGCUAUGGGUCAUACUCAUGCUGUGGAUGAUUUCUUCGGCGAGGAAGGCAUGGUGGGUGCUGAAGUACUGGUGUGGGAGGAUUUGCAGAACGGGAUUAGCUGGGAUGAAUUCUUUUCCCCUGAAGACGAAUUAGUUCGAAUGGAUGAUGGUGAAGAAGCUUGGCAGAUCUUUUUUCAACCUGAAGAUAUCAUGGUAGACGCAACUGCUCAUAUGGAUUUUGAUUUCGGGAUUUUUCUAGACGGUGUGUAUGAAUAUGGGGAGAAUCAGGUAGAUUUCGGUGCGGUUGUGUCACGAAUGUUUGAUAACGACGAGUACGGAGACGUGGGAAGUCCUCCGGCAGCACAAAGCGUAGUGGAUCGUCUUCCUGAUGUGAAGAUCACGGCUGAGGAAGUGAGCAAAGGGAACAUGGUUUGCGCGAUCUGCAAAGAUGAGAUUGUGGCGGAGGAGAGAAUCAAGAGGCUUCCAUGUAGGCAUUACUAUCAUGGAGAGUGUAUCGUGCCUUGGUUAGGGAUAAGGAAUACAUGCCCGGUUUGUCGGUUUGAGCUGCCUACCGAUGAUGUUGAGUAUGAACAGCUUAGGAGAUUACAAAGGCGGUAG